CAAAGGUUUAGGGUUCUUGCGAAGAAAGAGGAGAGAGGAGGGGAAAAUGGGUCUGAAUUUGGGCGACAUUGUGCCGGAUUUCAAGGCGGAAUCCACAAUGGGAACCAUCAAAUUCCACGAGUAUAUCAACGGCAGCUGGGCGAUUCUCCUCUCCCACCCCAGCGAUUUCACGCCCGUGUGCACGUCGGAGCUGGGCUCCCUGGCGUCGCGCAUCCACGAAUUCGAUCGCCGCGGCGUCAAGGUGAUUGCUCUCAGCUGCAAUGACGUGAAUUCCCACCGCGAGUGGCUGGGCGACAUCGAGAGCUACUGCCCGGAGACCAAGGUGAAAUACCCUAUCGUCGCCGACCCAAGCCGCGAUCUGGCCGUCCGAUUCGGGAUGCUCGACCCCGUGGAGAAGGAUGCCGCGGGGAUGCCGCUGACGUGUCGCGCGUGCUUCGUGAUUGGCCCGGACAAGAGGGUACGGCUGUCUAUCCUCUACCCGGCCAGUACGGGCAGGAACUUUAGCGAGCUCGUGCGCGUGAUCGAUUCCCUGCAGCUCACGGAUAAGUUUAGCGUGGCCACGCCCGCGAACUGGGAGAAUGGGAGGAAGUGUAUGAUUCUUCCCACUAUCUCGGACGAGAAGGCCAAGGAGAUGUUUCCAAAAGGAUUCGACACCGUCAAAGUUCCAUCUGGCAAGGCCUACAUCCGUCUCGUGGAGCAGCCAACUCUCUAGGAAAGCUUGGCUUUGCUCCAUAGCCUGUGCUCUAGUAGAAAGCUAUGAAAUAAAACCUGAGUUUGUUUCCCCGGAA